AAUCCAAAUCGAUUCGAGAAUCGUGCAGUUCCAAUCAACCUCGACAAUUACAUAAACCCCCCACCACCUACGAUCCCCAUGUUAUUCCUCGAGGAUCUCUGGCUCUUCCUGGCUCCUCCUGAUUUCCCUCACAAACUCUCAGAGUCGUUAUCACACUACAUGGCGACCUCCGCCGCCUGCGAAACCGGCGAGUCGGAUUCCUGCCGCGACGAGUCGUCGGCGCUUAAUCUCAAGUUCGUCGCCAUCGCUUCUAUCCUUCUCGCCGGAGUCGUCGGAAUCGCCAUUCCUUUGAUCGGGAAGAACCGGAGGUUUCUCCGCACCGACGGCAGCCUCUUCGUCGGAGCGAAGGCCUUCGCCGCCGGGGUUAUUCUGGCGACGGGGUUCGUGCACAUGCUCUCCGGCGGUUCGGACGCGCUGAACAGCCCGUGCCUGCCGGAGUUUCCGUGGUCCAAGUUCCCAUUCUCUGGAUUCUUCGCCAUGAUGGCAUCUCUUGCCACCUUGCUCGUUGACUUCGUGGGCACGCAGUACUACGAACGCAAACAGGGCCUGGCCCGGCCCAGCGAGGCCCAAGUGAGGGUCGGGUCGGAUGACUCGGGUCUGGAGACGGGUAUAUUCCCGGCCCACAAGGAAGGGAAUGGGAUGAUGAUUUUUGGGGAGGAAGAAGGCGGUGGGAUGCACAUUGUCGGAAUGCAUGCCCACGCGGCGCACCAUGGACACAACCACGCUCAGGACGCGUGUGACGGCCACGUGGCCGAACCGGGUUUGGGUCAUGAUCACGGGCACGGGCACGCCCAUGGGCAUGGGCAUUCUCACGGGUUCGGUGAUGAUGACGAGGAUGAUGGUGUGCGGCACGUCGUUGUUUCUCAGAUUUUGGAACUUGGGAUUGUAUCACAUUCUGUGAUCAUUGGGUUGUCAUUAGGAGUGUCACAGAGCCCAUGUACCAUAAGGCCCUUAGUUGCAGCAUUGUCCUUCCAUCAGUUCUUUGAAGGUUUUGCACUUGGAGGCUGCAUAUCACAAGCCCAAUUCAGGAACCGAUCUGCGGCCAUAAUGGCUUGUUUUUUCGCCAUAACAACUCCACUAGGUAUUGGUGUUGGGAUCGGAGUUUCUUCAAUCUACAACCCGAACAGUCCAGGAGCUCUGGUCACUGAAGGCAUUUUGGAUUCCAUGUCUGCUGGUAUUCUGGUCUACAUGGCCUUGGUCGAUCUGAUUGCUGCUGACUUUCUGAGUAAGAGGAUGAGCUGCAAUUUCCGGCUUCAAAUUGUGUCUUACUGCUUGCUAUUUCUUGGAGCUGGGAUGAUGUCUUCACUUGCAAUUUGGGCUUAGGUUGCUCAUUCUUCCGCUUAAUGUUCUUUGUAGGCUGGCUGUUUGAGCUUAUAGUGAUGCAAGUGAGCAUUAAUUCUUUUCUGCUUGGUUCUUCCUAAAAGGGAGAAGUUGAGUGAGCAAGUGAGCUACUAGAUGUUGUAGAUUAGUAGGAUCUACAGCGUGUAAUGCAAUCUUUUAUAGUCUAUUCUGAAAUCUUGACCUGAUCAUUCGUAGUUUGGUUUUGAUGAGAAUAUACAAUAUUUCCACAGUAAACAGAUAUCCAAUUAAGCUAAAUUGCU